AUGCUCAUUCACCGGUAUUACGGAUCUAAUAUUCUCGGACCAACUUUCUCUCCCGCUAACUUUUUAGUGGCGGCAGGGAUUUUAUCCGUGCUGGAAAGCCGUAUAGCAUUUGGACUUGAACAAAAACCAGACAGCGUUCUUAAGGAACUUGCCCAAUAUGAGAUCGUGCACCCCUCGAGGGUGGAUGCGAGGGGUCAGUUCGUGUCGAAUUUCGUUUCUCACCGAGUAAGCCGGAUCAAGAGGCGGGACGCCCCAUCCGCGGAGAGACCCCAGACCCGCGUGUUCUACCAGCUGCAGCACGGCGGGCAGGACCUCCGCCUCAACCUCACGCUCAACUCUCACCUGCUGGCCCCGGGCUUCCUCACUGAGACGAGGUACGGUGGCCUGGAUGGGGCGAAGAUCCGCUCUGGAGGCCACGCCCUCUGCCACUUCAUCGGGGAGGUGUGGGAGGAGAGGAGGUCGAGGGGUCUGGCUGCCAUCAGCACCUGUGAUGGCCUGACGGGUCUGUUUAAGCUGUCAGAAGAGGAGUUCUUUAUCAGGCCUCUGGAGCCCGCCCAGGAUGAGGGGUCACCACAGGCCCAUGUGAUAUACAAGCGCCAUAUCGCCCAGCCUUCAGCCCAGCUGAUCCGCCUGACCCAGGAGCACAGAGCCAAUGGGACCUGUGGAGUCAAAGACCUCCAUGAGGGCGGGGCACGGGCGGAGCGCCACCGGGAACGGUGGGAGCAGAAGCAGCAGAGGCGUCGGAUUCGCCAGCGCUCCAUCAGCCGGGAGAAGUGGGUGGAGACGCUGGUGGUGGCCGACCCCAAGAUGGUGGAGUACCACGGCAAGGGCGUGGAGAGCUACGUGCUGGCCGUCAUGAACAUCGUGUCGGGGUUAUUCCGGGACGCCAGCAUCGGGAACUCCAUUAACAUUGUGGUGGUCAGACUCAUCCUGCUGGAGAAGGACGAGGAGGACCUGAAGAUCUCCCAUCAUGCAGACAACAGCCUGAGCAGCUUCUGCAAGUGGCAGAAAAGGCUCAACAUGAAGGGGGACGAGCACCCGGUGCACCACGACGUGGCCGUCCUCCUCACCAGGAAGGACAUCUGUGCGGCCAUCAACAAGCCAUGCGAGACGCUGGGCCUGUCCCACGUGGCCGGGAUGUGCCAGCCGCACCGCAGCUGCAGCAUCAGUGAGGACACCGGCCUGCCGCUGGCCUUCACCGUGGCGCACGAGCUCGGCCACAACUUUGGGAUUCAGCAUGAUGGGAGCGGAAAUGACUGUGAGCCGAUUGGGAAAAGACCUUUCAUCAUGUCUCCACAGCUCCUGUACGGCACCUCUCCGCCCAGCUGGUCUCGCUGUAGCCGCCAGUACAUCACACGCUUCCUCGACCGUGGCUGGGGCUGGUGCCUGGACGAUGCCCCUGUGCGGGACGAGCUGACCUUGCACUCGGCGCCCCCUGGUGUCCUGUACAGCGCCGCGCACCAAUGCCGCCUGCAGUACGGCUCAAGCUCCCUCCUCUGUGACGACAUGGACAGUGUCUGCAGCACGUUGUGGUGUACCGUGGGUGACACCUGUCACUCAAAGCUCGACGGGGCUGUAGACGGGACCAGGUGCGGGGAGAACAAGUGGUGCUUCCACGGGGAGUGCCUCCCAGCGGGGUACAGGCCGGAGAGGGUGGACGGGGGCUGGGCGCCGUGGGGCGAGUGGUCGGCCUGCUCCAGAACCUGCAGCAUCGGGGUCCAGAACGCAGAGAGGGACUGCAGCAACCCUGUUCCUAAGAAUGGAGGGAAGUACUGCCUCGGGGAGCGACGCAGGUACCGGAUCUGUAAAAACGCCCCCUGUCCCACCAACCUACCCUCCUUCAGGCAUAUUCAAUGCAGCCACUUCGACACCAUGCCUUACAAGGGCAAGUUCUAUAAGUGGGUGCAGGUCAACAACAGAGUGAACCCAUGCGAGCUUCAUUGCCGUCCCCUGAAUGAAUACUUCUCAGAGAAGAUGCGGGACGCUGUCAUUGAUGGGACGCAGUGCUACGAGGGCACCUCCAGCCGUGACGUCUGCAUCAAUGGCAUCUGCAAGAACGUGGGCUGCGAUUAUGAGAUUGACUCCAACGCCGUAGAGGACCGCUGCGGGGUCUGCCAUGGCAAUGGCUCCACCUGCGAGACAGUGAAGAAGACCUUCGAGAAGAGCGAGGGGCUCGGAUAUGUGGACAUUGGUCUUAUUCCACAGGGAGCGAGAGACAUCCGCAUUGAAGAGGUGGCCGAGGCGGGGAACUUCCUGGCGCUACGGAGCAACGACCCCGACAGGUACUUUCUGAACGGCGGCUGGACCAUCCAGUGGAACGGGGACUACAAGGCCGCUGGGACGGUGUUCACCUAUGAGAGGACGGGCCACCUGGAGAACCUGACCUCACCUGGGCCUACCCUGGAGCCCGUGUGGAUACAGUUACUGUUUCAGGAGACUAACCCUGGGGUCCGCUAUGAGUACACCAUCAGCCGAGGCGAGACCUUCACGGAUUCCGACAAUGACAUAGUUGCCCCUGACUUCCUCUGGCAAUACGGUUCAUGGACAGAGUGCAGCGCCACCUGUGGGACAGGUGUUCGGCGACAGAUUGUCCACUGUGUGGAGCGGACUUCUGGGAUAGUGGAGGAGCACUACUGUGACCCAGCGACCCGGCCAGAUGACAAAAGCGGCAGCUGUAACGAGGAGCUGUGCCCUGCCAGAUGGUGGGUUGGAGAGUGGCAGAAGUGUUCGGCGAGCUGCGGGGACACAGGGGUGACCAGGAGGACGGUCCUGUGCAUCCGGAGUGUCACCCUGGAGGAGCAGAGAGCCCUGCAGCCCUCUGAGUGCCAGCACCUGCCGCGACCCGAGGCCGUUUCCCCCUGCAACACACACCUGCCCUGCCCCGCCAACUGGACCACGGGCAACUGGUCAGAGUGCUCAGUGACGUGUGGCGAGGGGCUGCAGAGGCGUGACGUGACCUGCACCCAGUAUGCUGGAGCCGACUGCGAUCCGCGGGAGAGGCCCAGCGCGGACAAGCCCUGCCACCGGCGGGACUGCCCCAGGGCCUUCGACGACUUCGGCAGCGACUGGUCCGGCAGUGGAGCGUCCAGCCGGGAGGUGUUCGGCAACGUCAACUCCAUUCCCGAAGGGAACGGAAACCGCCUGCCGAAACCAGGGCAGGGAACCACCAGGGCCCACCCGUCGUCCAGGGACCGCGGGGACCUCAACGAUAUCCUGGAAGGAGAUUUUUCCCAGCGCAACCGGAUCGAGCAGACGGGCGACAACUACAUCAGCAACAACGUGCAGGUGGACGAUUUCUACUACGACUACAACUUCAUCAAGUUUCACGAGGACCUGUCCUACGACUUCGACUUCGGCUUUGAAAAAGGGGAUGAGCAGACCGAUUUGGGGCAGAACUGGCAGCCUCAUCCCAGCCCUAUCACAGUAAAGUCUGUAAACACAGACCCUCCCACAGAUCCGCCUGCUGCUACCACACAAAACUCCAUCUCCACCCCAGAACACCUGCCAGCUACUGGGACAGUACCACGCAGUGUAGAGGAGGCUCCAGAGACCACCACUGCUCAGAACCUGGGACACGCCCGAGACCAAGACAGCUUCCCCGCUGAGAGACCUGCUGAGGUCUACCCUGAAAAUGAGGAGGAAGGAUUUGACUCUGAAGACUACUUCCUUCUAGUUUCCACCACACCGAUGCCGUUCACCUCAACCGUCAGCUUUUCACCAAGGUGGAAGGUGUCAAUUGGGGAUGUUGACCUGAUCCAUGACCUCAGCACAGCACACCCCCCGGUAUCGGCUGAUGAUGGCCCUUCCAGAGAUGUGUAUGGCAUGAGGGAGAGGGAGGAGCCAGAGGUGGAGCACUCCCAUGAUGCAUUGGGGUGGCUUACAGAGGAAGGAGAAGCUGGCCAUAAGGACAUGGAGAGCCAUCCAGAGACGGCCGGCCCUCAUGCCCCCUCGCCCGCGUGGUCGGAAAUUGACUUCAACGAGAUCCUCAUCCCGCCCUUGCUGAGGCCCAGGGGCACGGACCCUCCCGUCCCAGAUCGCCCCGCCCGGGCGAAUAUGAGCCUGAACGCGGACCGCCCCACCGGGCCCCCAGGCACUCCUCGGGUGGAAGACCCGCCCACACCCCAGCCAGAUGGCACGGCCUACUGGACCACAGGGAGCUGGAGUGCGUGCUCCACCAGCUGCGGCCUGGGCGCCAUCUGGAGGUCAGUGCUGUGCAGCGCGGGGAACGACUCACACUGUGACCCGUCCAAGAGGCCGCCCCCAGCACGCCGCUGCUACCUGCGACCGUGCUCCACCUGGAGGGUCGGGGAGUGGAGCAAGUGCUCCAAGAACUGCGGAGGGGGAGUGAAGUUUCGAGAGAUCCAGUGCUUCGACACCCGAGACCGCCGGCCGCUGCGGCCCUUCCACUGCCAGGCCAUCACCCCCAGGCCCUCAGUGCAGGUGCCCUGCAACGGCCAGCCCUGCCUGGACUGGUACAGCUCCUCCUGGGGCCAGUGCUCUGAGCUGUGUGGGGGAGGGGAGCAGCAGCGCAUGGUCACCUGCCCGGAGCCCAGUAAAUGCGACGAUGCCCUCCAGCCCAACAGCAUCCAGGCUUGUAAUGAGCAGCCGUGCGCUCAGUGGGUGACGGGCUCCUGGGGUCAGUGCUCGGCUUCCUGCGGGGGAGGGGUGCAGCGUCGGCUGGUGAAGUGUGUCAACACUAAGACGGAGCAGGACGAGGAGGACCCUGAGCGGUGCAACCACGAGCCCUGGCCGGAGAACAUGCAGAAAUGCAAUCUGCAGGAGUGUGAGACUGCUGCAUCUGAUCAGGUGUGCCAGCGUGACAGCCUGACGUUCCGGUUCUGUCAGACCUUGCAGUGGCUGGGCCGUUGCCAGCUGCCCACCGUCCGAGCCCAAUGCUGCAAGACCUGCGGCCAGCGUUCCCGUGGUAACGAGCGGAUAUCUCGACGCUGA